AUGAACUUGAUAGCGAUGAACGACAAGGAUGAGAUCUAUGAGGAUCCUGAGUCUACUGAGGUUGAUGAGAGCGAGGACACGGAUGAUACGGCAGCGAGUGUGGAGGCAGCAGUGAAGCAGAAAGAGGAGAUAGUCGCCAUGGAGGCAGCAGCAGUGAAUGGUGGAGAUGGAGUUGGUGUCAACACUUUUGCAGCAGCGGUCGUGGUUAAAGAUGAAGCAGUAAAUGCGAAGUGUGUGGGAGUUGAAGCUGUGAAAGGGGGCAUCAUGGUGAAGGGAUCAACGGCGAAUGCAACUGCAAAGGGGCGAGUGCUUAUGAAAGAGGAACACGUUGAGGGGUACAAGACCCGAGAGGUGUUGGGUGCUAAGAUGCCGAGGAGAAGUGAGAGACUUAAGAAAAUGUCUCAAGCAGGGGUGGGCGCUGGUGCUGCCGUCUCCCUCCCCAACGGCUCUGUCGCUGCAGCGGGUGAUCUCUCUGCUUCCACCGCCCUCCUCAACACAUCCGCUGGUGUUGGAACCACCGUUGGCGUCUCCCUUCCUACCGGCACUGUCUCUGGAUCCGGUGCUCUCUCUGCUUCCACCGGCCUCCUCAACACAUCCGCCGGGUUAGGAGCCUCUGCCGGGCUCUCCCUUCCCAACGGCACUGUCGCUGCAACGGGCGGCGUUGCUGCUUCCACCGGCUUGCUCAACACGUCAGCCGGCGUGGGAGCGGGAGUGGGCGUGUCUCUCCCCAAUGGCUCUCUCUCCGGCUCUGCCUCCCUUGGUGCCUCCUCCCCUCUCCUCAACACUUCAGCCGGCGCCGGGGCUGCCGUCAACGCAGGCUCGGGUGGCGUCAACGCCAACCUCGGAGCCUCGGCAAACCUCGGAGGCUCGGUCUCCGGCCUCAUCUCCGGCGUGGGCGGGGCUGUGGGGAACCUCGUAGGCUCGGCAGGGAACAUGGCAGGCUCGGUGGGCAACAUGGGAGCCUCGGUCUCAGCCUCUCUUUCCCCGAUGGUGGUUCUGAAAGGCGGGUGGGUGGCUACCAGUGGUGGCGCCUACGCCAUGGUCGGGCAGACUCGAGUGUCGGCAGCGCUGGCAUCGGCCCUCGUGACCCGCAUGUCCACCAACAUGCCUAUCUUCCUGCACGUGCAUGCCGGCGCACAGGGUACCCUCGUGGCUCGCAUGGAGUAG